UUUCCGGUGCCUUCCUUAACACGUGUAGCUUGACAUCACGUUCUCUCAGUGUUUGCUUCUGAAACAUGAACGUUCUCCGGAAACUAAAAGUUCACUUUGUAUCACUUCUUAAACACUUUGUUCUUCGGUCGCUCCCCUGAACGAGUCCUCCUCCAUGAACUCAGCGGUUUAAACACUUUUCUCCUGUUCGUCCAGCUGGGACGAGGCUCCAGUGACGGAGACCCGAGCCGAGCCGAGCCGAGUGAACCGGUCUAAAAACAUCCAGAAAUAAUGAGAACAUGAAGCGGCUUGUGUGGAUUCUACUGUUUUUACUGCGCAGCCAUGAAGGGAUCUGUGGGAACGGCGUGUCGUUCACGAAGCAUCCGACCAAUCAGACGCUGUCUCAGGGGAACGCAGCGAGGCUGGGUUGUGCUGUUCAGGGUCUGACGGAGCCGGAUAUCUUCUGGAUGAAAGACGGAGAGAAACUCUACAGCACCGACCAGAUGUUCAUCACACUGGGAGAGCAGCACUGGGAGACCUUCCACAGUGUGAAGUCGGUCCAGCAGCAGGAUGCGGGUCAGUACUGGUGUGAGGUGGAGUUCCACGACCUGACGUUCUCCUCUGAACGAGCCUGGAUCACAGUGGAAGGUGUCCCUCACCUGGUCCAGGAGCCUCAGGACGUGUCCACCUUCCCCAACGUCCCCUUCAACCUCACCUGUGCUGCUGUCGGACCCCCCGAGCCCGUGGAGGUGCUGUGGUGGCUGGGGGGGGUCCAGGAGGGGGAGCCCAGACCAUCCCCCUCCGUCCUCCACGUCCAAGGAGUGAACAGCAGUGUGAAGUUUUACUGUGAAGCAAAGAACACCCGAGGAAUCUCCGUCUCUAGAACAGGAACUGUUCACAUUAAAGUUUUGCCGGCGGCGCCGGUCAAGCUGCAGGUGAGGAUGGUGGACAACAACGUCACAUUGUCAUGGAAACCGGGAUUCUCAGGAUACUCUGAGCUGUCCACCUGCAUUGUCCAGCUGUCGAGGCGUUCGGUCUGGAGGUGGGACCUCCCUCAGCAGGAGGUCCAGGUUCCUCCUCACCUUCAGGUCCUGUCUGGUCUGAGGAGUCAUUCAAACUACAGCGCCAGAGUCUCUUGUGUGAACGAGGUGGGGGCGUCGCCCUUCUGCCCCUGGCUGCACUUCCAGACACCUGAGUCAGUGCCCUCGGCAGCCCCCAAGAAUCUCACCUUUGAUCUGUCGGAGCAGCAGCUGGCUCUGAACUGGGCCGGACUACAGGAGGAGGAGCUGCAGGGAAGACUGUUGGCCUACAAGGUGCAGUGGACUCUGGGAGGAGAACUACAGGAGCCGCUUCUGUUUAAGGAGAACUCGGCUCAGCUGUCAGGAGGAGGACGUUUCUUCAACGCCUCCUUCCAGGUGUCGGCCUGCACCUCAGUGGGUUGUGGACCCUGGAGUCCCCCGGUGCUGGUGCUUCCGGCCUCAGUCCAGGUCCCGGUCCAGCGGAGCCACAUGUGGGUUGGUGUGCUGCUGGGUCUGCUGGUCGCCACCGUGGUCGGACUGCUGCUCACCGCCGUCAAUCACCGCCGCGAGAAAGAGACGCAGUUUGGUCCGGUCUUCAAGCCUCCGGGUCCUGAGAGCUCGGUGUCCUUCACAGCGGCUCGAUCCUUCAACAGAAACUGUGCUGAGCUGCAGGAGUCCACAUUGGACAGUCUCGGUAUAAAUGAGGACCUGAAGAACAAACUGCAGGACGUUCUGAUCCCAGAGAGGCUGCUCACACUGGGACACAUGUUGGGGAAAGGUGAGUUUGGCUCGGUGCGCGAGGCGUUCCUGAAGAAGGAGGACUCGUCCUUCCUGAAGGUGGCGGUCAAAGUGCUGAAAUCUGACAUCAAUUCCUCAGGUGACAUCGAGCAGUGUCUGAAGGAGGCGGCCUACAUGAAGGACUUCCACCAUUUGAAUGUCAUCCAGCUCAUCGGAGUGAGUCUUCACCGCCGUCCUGUCCAGCGGCUGCCGAUCCCGAUGGUGGUUCUUCCGUUCAUGAAGCACGGAGAUCUGCACACGUUCCUGCUGCUGUCUCGACUCGGAGAACAUCCUUUUGACUUGUCCCUGCAGACCCUGCUGGGCUUCAUGUUGGACAUCUCUCGGGGGAUGGAGUACCUGAGUACCCGGAGCAUCAUCCACCGAGACCUCGCCGCCCGAAACUGCAUGCUCAAUGAGAACAUGACU